GCCCUCGUCACCACCAAUCUCCCGUCCGUUCACCCGUUGGUUUCGUCGUCAAAGGCUAUCGUCACACACACGGCCGCGCGUGUCUCACUCGCCACUCGCGCCCACUUCAUCACCACUACAAACACCCCUUCACUCGACGUCGUUACGUCUACUCGGUCGCUCUGCGGUCUCUCCAUUCACCAGACUCGCCGGCCUCGUCAGUUGCGUUCGUCACACCCCCCGUCGCCACCGCCACAACCGCCCACUUUCGCUUCCUAGUGUCGUCGCAAGCACGCAAUUUCGCAGGCCCUCGUAGCAACGUCACGGUGUCGCGUCUUCGUUGUUCGCCGUCACCUUCGUCAUCUACUCGGGACAAUUCCUUAGUGGCCAUUGACUGCUGAGCAUCGUCAUUUGCGACCAUGCUCGCAGUACCGUCGUCGUCACGCGCCACUAUGGCUGCACAUGACGACGCCUUCUCAACCUCAUCCUCUUCGUACCUCGUCGCAUCUCCUAGCAACUACACCGAUGCAAAGGAAAGCGCGGCCGCAGGCCCGUGGUCUCGUCCACAGGUCUGCGGCAAGAGGUCGCGAUCCAACUCAGUCUCCUCUUCUUCUGGCUCGUCGUCUCUGACGGACAGCGCUUCGCUCUCGUCGAGCGAGUGGAACUCAAGCGACGCCGAUUCGGACUCGCCAGCUACUUCACAAGCCUCAGACGAAGAAUGUCGUUCCUGCCCUUCGCCUAGCGAGAGUAAGCGGAAGGCUGUGCGCUGCCUUCGCGAGGAGACGGCUUGCACUGCAGCAUCUCUUCCACACACCACAUCCGCCACCGAUAUUACCGGCCUUGAUGGAGCUGUCAAAGCUUUUGGGCUAAGCAGUCGCGACCCGAGUCCAAUUAGCAGCCAGUCUGCGGCUAUCCCUGCUUCCCUCGAUUCAACCCGAGUGAAGGGCUCAGUGGUCGACUCCUUGGUCGAUUCUGCCGUUGCGACGAUCGAUGCAAUUUGGCACGCGCCCCUUCCCCUCGCCGAGCAACCGAUCGAUGUCGGCUGCUCAGCCUCUUCGCUCCCUCUCCAACUCUUCAUUCGAGAAACGCUCCGACGUAGUCGCACCUCCUGCUCGACCCUCCAAGCCGCCUUGCUCUACUGCGUUCGCGCCGCGCCGACUGUGCGCAAGACGCGCCUUCAGUUUGCCAGCAUGCAGCGCAAAAGCUACGUCGAUCCGACCAUGGCCAUUUUCAAGGCCGAGAGGCAGGCGGCUUUCCACCACCUUUUGUGUGGAAGACGCAACUUCCUCGCAGCGGUCAUGGUGGCAGCCAAGUUCCUGCAGGAUCGCAACUAUUCGAACAAGGCGUGGAGCAAGAUUACGGGCUUGCCGCUCAAGGAGUUGGGCUCAGUGGAGCGCGAAUUUCUGGCAGCAAUCAAGUGGGAUCUGAAUGUCAAGUCGGAUGAAUGGGAGGGAUGGACAAGGAAAUUGGCACAGGCGCAGAGCUACCUGCCGAGGAUCAAGGCAAGGCUACCAUCACCGCGUCCAUCGCCCACCCAUUCCCGAUGCCCCGUGUCUUUGCCAGGAAUGCGGCGAGCUUUAGUGGUACAGAGCAGAGGAGGGGAGCUGAGGCUGCCACGCUGGCGCCCGCGCCUGUCGUGGGCUUGAGCCGCUUGUAUUUGACGCUCUCUUCCUACCUAGCCCCCUACCUCACAUCCCCCUUCUAGAAGUUCCCUAAUGUCUUGAUCUUUUUCCUUUCUCCUCUUUGCCUCGAUGAACAAAUACGAUCAAAAUGUUUUCAAUCUGAGCCGUGGCGGGCCGAGCGCUCGCCGUACAGACUGCAAGCAUCAGCCGUGGCGACUACCAUCCC